UACUCACUGUUUAUUAUCAGUGCAUAAUCCCUUUACCCCUACCUACAUGUACAAAUGACCUCGACUAACCUGUACCCCCUCACAUUGACUCGGUACCGGUACCACCUCAUUAUUUUUAUUUAAUUCAAUUUAGUUACUUUUUCUAUUUUAUUAUUUGUUUUUACUUUAGUUUAUUUAGUAAAUAUUUUCUUAACUCUAUUUUCUUAAAACGGCAUUGUUGGUUAAGGACUUGUAAGUAAGCAUUUCACAGUAAGGUCUACACCUGUUGUAUUCAGCGCAUGUGACAAAUAAAAUAUGAUUUGACUUGAUUAUAAGGGGGUCUCUGAUGAAUUUGCUAUCACAAAAGGGGUCCCCCGCAUACACAAACACACACACACAGGCACAGACACAGACACAGACACACAAUCACAUACACACACAGUAGUGGAGCUUCUAUGUCAGUAGUUUGCCACUGGGGGCGACAGAGGCUUUGUCUAUGUGUUGCCAUAGAGACAGGAUUGUACAGCAAGGUAUAAAGAAGUCCAAAGGGAAAGCUGCUUAAGUUUCUAACUGAAGAUCAGAAACUCCCUGGAGACAGCAGAGAUAAUGGCCUUGGAUCUGGAGGAUUAUUUCCAUACUGUCUUUGAGGAACACCUCUUAAUGAAAGUGCCUGUGCGGGACAGAGGUCUGAUGAGCGGAGCCACAAGGAUGAUUGAGAAACAGAGAGAGAUCAGAGAGGUGGAUAAACAGCUCCAGACACACAGAGAGGAGUUUGAGUUAAAGACGGAGAGUUUGCAAAGGCGGAGAGAUGAGGUUAUGACGAAAGAGGAGAAACUGAAGGAGUCGCUGCUCAAAUUUGACAAAUUCCUCAAAGAAAAUGACGCAAAGCGUGGUCGGGGUGAGAAGAAGGCAGAGAGAGAGAGGGAUGCUGUGCGUCAGAAGGAGGGAGAGAUAGAGAAACUGGAGGAGGAGUGUGUUGUCCUGGAGGCCUGGAGAUUGAGGCUGCAGCGCAGGGUGGAGAAGACUGCCUUCUACUGGACCUUCCUGGAACAGGUCCUCAGACUGGCCAAGUAUGAGGAUGUGUGGGAGCUACUGGGGAGGUUUGCCACCCUGCUAUCCACCAAAGAGCAGCUGCAGCAGAGGGAGAGUGAGGUGCAGGAGCAGGCUGAUGGCCAACGGGGGGCGCUACAGAGAUACACAGACCAGCAGAGCUGCAGCAUUCUGCAGAAGAAUAACCUGCUGUCUCAGCUACAGACAGAGCUGGACCAGAUACGCUCCAACGCUCUCAGAUGGGAGAACACGUGGUAUCACAUCCAGACCACAGCGGCAAAGGAGACGCUUUUAUUGGGCCAAAUUAAAGUGGUGACCCUUAACCUCUACCACAUGAUGGGCGGGACCACAGUGCAGGAAAAGGGCGUGGCCAUCGAUGACACAGAGACACAGCUAGAGAAGAUCCAACUAUUCAUCCAAGACCAGUCUGCUAUAGUGAACAACCUCAAACAGAGCCCUUCUCAUGCCACUACUAAAGCCAACUUGAAGUGAACAGGUGGAGGAUGAUCAAGUGCGUAGACAGAGGAUCCUGCAGCUCUUAUUAUUGGACAUUUCAAUCCAUAUCUUGUAUUGUUUUCACACAGAUAGUAAUGUUAUGGUCAGCACUCUGUGCAGCAGUGGUGGAAAAAGUACAUAUUUUCUUUAGGAAUGUAAUGGAGUAAAAGUUGUCAAAAAUAUAAAUAGUAAAGUACAGAUACCCAAAAAACUACUUUACACCACUGCUGUAGCACAAACGUACCAUGAUGACAAUAAUAAUUCAUAAUAAUAAUUGUUUCUCAAGCCUUGAUCAAAUGUAUCCAACAAUUGCAUGGUGCCAGUUUUCUAUUAUUCUGACCAAUUUUGCAUAACAACUAUAAAUUGUUGAGUUCCAUUUAAACUGAUUCAUUAAUACCACACUGUACAUGUUUCAAUAAAAAAUAUUUAUAAACAA